AUGGAUGCACUGCGAACACGUAUUCUAAAACAUCCAUCCACCCACCAUCGUAGUUUUCACUCACCUUUGAAGUCUUCUCAAAUCAAUCUAUUCACCCAGGUGCAGGAAGAAAGUGUGGGGCGUACAAAGAAACAGCCAUCUAUUAACUUUGCCAAGGCCCAAUCAGGCCCACAAAUUCAACCGUAUAUGUUGUAUUCGUAG